AUGGCCACCAUCUUCUCCCCCUCCGCCGCCCUCUUCUCCGCCGCCGCCGCGGCCUCCCCUUCUUCAAACUCCCCCAAAAUUAUCGCCAAGCCCCCACAACCCCCUUCCCUCCACUCAAAGGCUCUCCCCUCGGCUCUCACCGCAGCCGCCGCCGCAGCGGUGAUCCUCUCCUCCGCAGUGCCCUCUCCGCCAGUUGCCCUCGCGGAGGCGGCGGCCUUCCGUCUCUACUACGGCACCGCCGCCAGCGCGGCCAAUUACGGAAGCUUCGGGGGGAGCGCCAACAAGAAGGACGCCGCUGAGUACAUCUACGAGGUCCCCGACGGGUGGAAGGAGAGGCCUGUCUCCAAGGUGGAGAAGGGCACCAAUGGCACCGACAGCGAGUUCUACAAUCCCAAGAAGAAGUCGGAGAAGGUGUACCUCACCUUCCUCUCCGGGUUCAAAAGCCUCGCCCCCGUCGACGCCGUGCUCAACAAUCUCGCCCUCUCGGACGUCGACCUGCAGGAUCUGAUCAGCUCCGCUGACAGCGUCCGCUCGGAAGAGCGCCGGAACGAGACCGGGCAGGUCUACUACGUCUACGAGAUCGAUGGUGCUGGUGGAGCUCACAGCCUCAUCUCCGUCACCUGCGCCCGCAACAAGCUCUACGCACACUUUGUCAACGCCCCGAAGCCCGAGUGGGAUCGCGACGAGCCCAUGCUCCGGCACAUCCACGAGUCCUUCACCACCGUCUGA